GCCGGGUAGAAUGCCUUCGGUUUGUGAUGUUUUCGUCACUUGAGGAUGGCGACUGCAGCCGUCGGCGAGCAGAGUAUUUCGGGAAAUAGUUCAGUUAAUCCUCAGAAAGACCACCUGCGGAAGAGUAAAGAUUCGCGCAGGAGACAGGCUGCUCUCCUCUUUCUUAAUAAUAUCUCACUUGACGGACGGCCUAUUUAUCACUACAGCAAUGGGGCGAAUGAUGAGAGAGAGACGGAAUUUCAAGGUUCCGAAGCCGGAGCGGCGGCAGGGAGACUCUGUGCGGCCAGCAGCUACGGGACCUUCCCCGCUCUGUCACCCUCCGUGAGCAGCGGCUCCUGUGGUACCGCACCGAGGAUCGGGGUUUUCAACGUCCCCCCGAUUCGGGUUCUGCCCACGGACUCAGAGUUUAAUGCUGUCGAAAGGGGUGAAAUGUCCCUGGAGAGGGAUCAGGGCGCCUUCUCGUCCCAGGGGAACCUUCUCUCCCCGAGUGGGCAGACUCUCCUAGGAGCUCGGAAAUCGCCGACCCUGCUCUCAGUGCAGACUUUCAAUCCGAUCACUCUGGAUUCCAGGCAAAGGUCUCGCACCCUGUCAGGCUCCACGAGGCCGAGACCCGUGAAGAAGGUGCAUUUUAUCAAGAACAUGAGGCAGUAUGACACUCGUGGGAGCAGGAUCGUGCUGAUAUGUGCCAAGCGGUCCCUGCUGGCCGCCUUUUCAGUGCUGCCGUACGGCGAGAGCUUCCACAUCAGUGAACCACAGCUGGACAUUCCAAGGCACCGGCGUUCCUCUACCACAACCCUGGAGAUGUUCCCCGGCCUGGACGGUGUGGAGCUGGGUGCAUACGGCAAGACCGUGUCCUACGCCAGGUUCCUGCACCCAACCAAUGCCUUGGUGAGACAGAAGAAUGCACCAGUAGACAUCACUAUACAAAUGGCCAGUACUCAGAAGAACUGUGCACCUUCUAGGCCCAGCAGCACCGUAGGUUUGGACAUGGGUGGGGAUGAUGUUUUGGAGUAUGACCCCAAUCUGCUGAGUGACCCCCAGUGGCCCUGCGGAAAGCACAAGCGGGUUCUCAUAUUUGCCUCUUAUAUGACAACUGUCAUAGAAUAUGUGAAACCGUCUGAUUUGAAGAAGGACAUGAAUGAGACGUUUAAGGAGAAGUUUCCGCACAUCAAGCUGACGCUGAGCAAGAUUAGAAGCCUGAAGCGAGAGAUGCGCGCCGUUAGCAACGAAUGCGGCCUGCAGCCUGUCACCGUGGCGAUGGCCUUUGUGUACUUCGAGAAGCUUGUGCUGCAAGGGCGGCUCAACAAGCAGAACCGCAAGAUGGUGUCGGCUGCAUGCGUGUUGCUGGCUGCCAAGAUCAGCAGUGACCUUCGGAAGCCUGAGGUCAAGCAGCUCAUCGAUAAACUGGAGGAGCAGUUCCGCAUCAAUCGCCGGGAGCUGAUCUCCUUUGAGUUUACAGUCCUGGUGGCCCUAGAGAUGGCGCUGUACCUUCCUGAGAGCAAAGUCAUGCCACACUAUCGUCGGCUGGCGCAGCUGCCCUGAUCGGGGGUGGGGGGGGUCGCGCCUGGCAGCGAAUGCAGACAAGGUCAGGCAAGGUCGCCAAGAAGCAGAGCGACACCCCAGAGUAGUCAGACACAAUAGGAUCUCUAAUCGAUGGGCCGCUCCAGACCUCGAACCCGGGCUCCAUCCAGCACUGCCAGCAGCUUUCAUACAAUCAAAGACAUUCCUUGUUCUUGAUAAUCAUGCUGUUUUUAUUUGCUGUCGUGUCUGUUUCUGAAAUCACAUCUGUUAAUGCUACACACAUAUGUUUCAGUUUAUGCAAUAACAGAUUUUAUUUGUUACUGCUCCACAUGCCUAAUGGUACGUGAUGUACAGCCAGGCUUCUACUACCUGGAGAUCUUGUGUCUCCAGAGUCCAGCUCUGGUAAAGAGAAUGACAACCAUUGUUUGCAGAAAUGUCCAUUUUUUCCCAGAAACAUUUCUGAAAAAAUAAAGUCUGAAAAGAAACAUUUCGUCCCCACAAUGUAAUAUAGAUAUAAUCCAUACACACGCACAUUCAUUUUCAUUUCUCUGUGGGACCAUCCAUUCAUCUGUUAAUAUCUAUGGGCAUAACCCUAGUCCCAACUAUGACAACCUUACCCAGAUCUAUUCUGAACCAAAAGUAACCAAACAAAAUAUUAGACAUUUGACAUUUUUAGUUUUUUUGAUUGCAGUCACUGAUUUUUAUAAAAUUGAGUUUCCACUUGUGGAGACCUAAGAAAUGGUCCCCACAACAUAAAAAUAACAAUCUAUUUUUGGAUUGUGACAUUUAGUCAUGUAUAUACACAUAUACACUACUGGCCAACAUUGUGGAAACACUUCCAGUUUUUAGAGACUGCAGAACUUUAUUCAACUAUUGCUCAAGUUACUUAUUUAAUCAUCCCGUGUAUGGUAUUUGUAACAUUCUGUGAUUGUUUAUAAACAUUACUGCCAAUAUUUGUGUAGUAAUUUUUAAAGCGUAAUGCCAAAAAUGCUAGGUGUGACCACACAUACACACAUUUUCCCGGUAUGGUCGUAUAAUUUUAUCAAGAAGUAUACAGUUAUAUGUUUGUUAAUUAAUAUUUCAAAAGGGAGAGUUAUCCAAUGUUUCAAGUAAUUCUGGCUUUUGGAGGCCCUUGCUGUGUUUAUUUAUUUUCCUUAUGUUAGUCUCUUUAUAUACAAUUAUUUAUGCUUUUGUCAAUGUUUUGUAUAUUAUUUAUUGCAGUUCAUCAUCAUUUGUAGGUGUCACUAUUUAACCUUUAGCUUUAUUUUAUGCACGUUCUGUUUAUGUGCAUCUUCGUUCUUCCAGCAGCACUGAGGUGGCCGUCACGUCGGGCGAAGCUCUCUAUGUUAGAGGAGGCCUUUUUAUCCCUUAUCAGCACAUUUUUGGUGCUAAUCUACUGCAUCUUUCAGUUCUCUUCCUUUAACACCCCCCCCCCCAGUUUGUGAACAUGCCAUUGUAUCACCCUUAAACCUGAACAUUUAUUAAUUGUAUUUUAGUAGUCAGGUUAAAGGGAGCACAAACAUUUCAGUUUCAUUACUGCGGUGAAUUUCAUGUGUUCAUAGUAAAAAAGGGAUCACGUGGAUUAAAUUUUUUUUUCAUAAAGCCAUAUACAGUUGUUUCCUAGGUGACACAAAAACUGUUGGUUGACUGUGGAGAAAAUUGCACAACAUAUGACACAAGUUGAUUUGUGUACAUUUUCCAUGACCAAGCAGCCAUCCUGUCACGUUUGAUGAGUGUUAGAAGAGUUUUCCUUUUAAAUUCUAAUCCUCAUUUUUUCUGCAUUUGAAAAACGAGAUAAUUACACAAUUCCUGUACUGUGAUGAUGUGAGGUUACAUGUUAGUUUCCUUUAAACUCAUGAUUUAAUGGGGGAAAAAUCUUUCACUGUUACCUGUGUCACUUCUUUUCAUUUCUCUCACAUUUAAAUACAUGGAACUAAAUAUUGCGCAAUAGUAUAGCUAGCGCCACCUUGUGGUGAUAACUGCAAUAAGCAACUCGAUAACGUGAUGGUUGGAGGAAAUUGUUCCGUAGUUCAGUCAACCAUUGUGUUUAUUUUCCCUCAGGAAAUAUUAUCAUUCACCACAAAGAGUGUAUUUUACUAAGCUGCACAAGGUCUGAUUAGUAAAUGAUUUAUGGUUGUGAGAACAGUGCUACUUCCUUAAUUAUCAGUAGAGGUGGAUUUAAUUACUGCUGCAUUAUAUAAAUAAUUAUAGCACCUGGAAACUUUCUGUCUAUAUUAGAUAUUCCCUCCGGGAUGGAGGAAUAUCUAAUAGAGAAUUUUUUUUCUUAAGCGAGGUGUCCAGUGUAUCACAAAAUUUGGAUCAGCUAUGGCCAGGAUAUGUUUAUAUUUGUAGUUUUUUUGUUUAAGAUUUUGGAUUUUUCUUAUUUAAGAGAACACUCAAAUCGUACCAGUAACUCAUGCUGGAGGAUUUUGAUGAUGGUAAUUCGGACAAGGCCGAAAUAACUUCUGCAUUUAUUUUCUGCAGAUUUGAAUGGCACAUUGUCAACAUGUACAGACACACUGACAGUGCAUUCCGUUACAAAGUGCCUGAAACAGAAGGUAUUGAUUCACCUUUUGAACUGAUUUGGUCCGAAACACUUCUCAUUUGUUCAUCGGUAGUGACCGUAACGAAGCAGCACACUGCAUAUGCAUAUGUGACACUGUGACUUUUAAUGACAAAAGCUUUGGCAUUGUGGUGACCAUGGUGCUUCCAAUACUAAUAUAAUACUGGGUAGGUGGAAAUUGAAAAGCUGUAAAUGAUUUUUCCUUGUAGCAUGGGUUUAAAUUUAAACAAAAAUCUCUUUUCAAGUUUAACUAUCAACCCUGCUUUUGUGGCAAGUAUAUAAUUUUUAAAUGCUGGUAAAAGGAAAAUUAUAAGGUGUAUUAAAAAUGUUGUUGACGAGUAAUCGGCCCACUGCUCAUUUUAACUAAAGAUUUAGCCCUUUCCCUUUGUGUAUUACUGUGCUUUAAGUGGGUGAUUACGUCAUGUAUCUUUAAUGCGCCGUGACUUACAUUUUUUCUCUGUAUAACAGUUUGAUUUAGAUCAUUGUAUUAGUUUGAAUGACUUUUUGAGGCAAAAUAUAUUUUUCUGAUUAUUGA